CAAGCUAUGCAAGAGCUGCAGCCGCUCCAAGCUCAAGUUCUUCGUUUUCGUUUACACCUGCUCAACAACAACAACUUCAAUUUCUUCAACAAUAGCAUCAAGAGCAACAACAGUUUCAGCAACAACAACAACAACAACAACAACAACAGCAACCUCAACAGCAGUUUCUGCAGCAGCAGACUACUCUCACUGGUUCUGUCUUUCAAGCACCGAAUCUUUUAAGCUACACACAGAUCACGACAACC